AUGCCCUUCAAUACCGCCCUUACCCGCAAGCUCGGGAUCCGUGUACCUGUCGUUCAAGGUGGCAUGCAAUGGGUGGGCUACGCUGAGAUGGCUUCCGCCGUCUCGAAUGCUGGCGGUCUCGGUAUACUCACUGCUCUCACACAACCCACACCGGAGGACCUGCGGAAAGAAAUCCAAAGGUGCAAGAAGAUGACAAAGUAUCCAUUCGGUGUGAACCUUACACUUCUCCCAGCAAUGGUGCCGCCGGACUACAGUGCAUACGCGCAGGUUGUGCUUGAUGAAGGGAUCCGAAUCGUCGAGACAGCCGGCAAUAGUCCUGGCCCAAUCAUCAAGCAACUGAAGGAGGCUGAUCCACCUUGUGUUAUCCUGCACAAAUGUACUACUAUCAGACAUGCCAUGAGUGCAGUCAAGCUAGGCGUUGACUUCUUAUCCAUCGAUGGCUUCGAAUGUGCCGGUCAUGUUGGCGAGACAGACAUCACCAACUUAAUCCUCCUCAGCCGAGCACGACAAACGAUGCCGAUCCCGUUCAUCGCUUCCGGCGGCUUUGCGGACGGACAGGGUUUAGCAGCUGCCAUUAGCUUGGGCGCUGAAGGCAUCAACAUGGGAACUCGGUUCAUGUGCACGGUCGAAGCCCCCAUCCACCACAACAUCAAGCAGUCGAUCGUGGAUGCGCAAGAGACAGAUACAGAGCUAGUGCUCAGACGAUGGAAGAAUACGAGCAGGUUGUUCAAGAACAAGGUGACCGCCGAGGCCACCAGGGUAGAGCGGGAGAGCACAACAGGGAAGUUCGAGGAGGUUGCACCGUUCGUGAGCGGCAAGCGUGGCCGACAAGUCUUUUUGAACGGUGACAAGGAUUUUGGCGUCUGGACAGCCGGUCAAGUCAUCGGCCUCAUCCACGACAUCCCCACUUGCCAGGACUUGGUUAGCAGGAUCGAGAAGGAAGCCAUCGAGACUCUCACCGGAGCCAACAAACUCAUCGUUGACAAGCAGCCAGAAGCAGACAUCAGAGGCAAGCCGAUUGGCGAUGUCUCAUCAGAUCUGAAGCGAAGCGAGACCGCUAGGAAGAAUCCUGGUGAGGCGCAGAUAUAUGAUAUUGGGAAGAGUAAACUAUAG